AAUGAGAGGCGUGGGUAGAUCAUCUCCUAGGAGUUUCUCAGGUGAAUCUACUCCGACUAGCGGCGAUGGUCAUUCUUCAGUUGAUCUCUCGUCGGAAAGCAUGGAGAAAUAUUGUCGUCCUAUGUAUGAUGUUUUUCUAGAGACUAAGGUUAAGGGAACUUUGAUUGAAAGACUCAACCAUGUUGAAGACCAAUUGCUUAAAUUAUGUGGGCAGAUGGAGGAGGAGAUGCAGGCGGAAGGGAGAGUUGGUUGUGGUGGUAGUUCUUCUUGGAGAAGGAAGGAGAAGAAGAAGGGGGGUUUGAAGGGGCUAGUUAAGUCUGUUAUGAAAGUGGGUCACUAAUGGAUAUGAACAAAUCAAUAUAUUAUAAUGUAUAUAUUGUUGAAUGUUUUUAUUGAUAAUGUAAUCUCAUGUUUUAUAAGGUUACAUUAUCUUUUGUUGUGUUGUAAUAUGUGAGUGUUUGGAAUAUGUUUAAUUGGAAAGUGAGUUUUUUAUUAAUCAAAAUGAACAUCA